UCAAAAAAAACAUAAACAAGCAGAAUCAUUAGAUUUUAACUUCGCAAAAUACGAAAAUUUGUAUAGAUCUGCCGAAAGAAAUCCAAGCCAAGAUGGAAACAGUUUUACCACAUACACGUAUACGCACUAUUAUGAAGAGUUCUCUGGACACGGGAAAUAUCAACAAUGAAGUUCUGCAUCUAAUGACGAAAUCUACUGAAAUGUUCAUUAAACAUUUUAGCAAAGAAUCGUACAAUAACGCCAAAAAGCCCAAUACAUUAAAGUAUGAACAUUUAGCUGAUCUAGUGCAAAAUGAAGACAAUUUGGAAUUCCUGCUACAAAUAGUGCCGCAAAAGAUUAAAGUGAAAGAUUUUAAAGCCCUGAUAGAACAAGACGAUGACUCCAGUGAGUCUUCUUCGGAAAGUGACUGAAAGUGUGAAUAGAAUUAAGCUUAAAAAUAACCUCAGAAAAAAACAUACAUUAGUACAUAAAAACAAUACAGCAUGUUAACAUUUAAUAAAACUGAAUUAAAAUAAAAA